AUGGAAUCGGAGAGUGGUGAAUCAGAGGGCGGCGUGACGGACAAGGCCCCUUCGCCAGACGAGGUCGAGCUCCAACGUCUUCGUGCGGCGAUUGCUGCUAAAAUGCUCCAGAAAGAACAGCGCGCACGAAUGAGUGCAGCAAACAGCCGCGGUGCCCCGGGGCAGCGCACCAGAGUCUCACCCAUCAGAGAGGAGCCGGGGUCGAGCCUAUCGCCCACGCUGGAGGCCUCCUUCGCCACCCCGCUGGCCACUGGACACACCUCUUCCACGGCAUCGACGGAGUCGACAGAGUCCGCCAAGACCAUCCGCGGCAGCGUACCACCGACACCUGGUGUACAACCACUGCGUACACCCUCUUAUCCGUUUCCCACCGUGCCCGGCACUCCAAAAACAUGGAAUUCCGCUUUCCACCAGCCCUUCACUAACCUGUCGCCCACGGUAGGUGCCAACAGUACGAAAGACCAAUCUGCGCCACGCGAACGCAUAUCCCCUUCUGCUUCAAGCACGCCUCUCGCCACCGCAGAUACCUUUCUACCUACUAGAGCUUAUCGCGCGUACUCAAUGGAAGAAGACCCCCGCUAUCCUUCUCCGAGCCUAUACGAUCUGGCCCUACAGCUAGGGUCCGAACCUGGCUUGAAAGCAUGGUGGAGUACCGUCAUAUCAGUCCUAAGGGAAUGGUAUGGUGUGGAAAGAGCUACGCUUGCGGUACCGGCCGACGCCUCCGACAUUGAGAAUGUGCCCUGGGGACAGAAGACGAGCUUCAACCAGGCCGGCCAAGCCAUGAAACCAUCGCACGUAUCACCACAGGAUUCUAAGUCUACCUCAGAGAGCUAUGGGAGUCAGAGUUCCGCGAGUCUGGAGGCCGUACUCAAAGCUCCUUCGGCGCUGUUCCUUCCUACAGGCAGACCCAAGCUAGAAACCCGCCAUUCGUUUGCUGGUCACGAGCGCCAACGAAAGGAGCCACCCGCGGAGAAAGCGGCAGGCCCGCCAGCGAGACCGCAGGGACCCAUCAGAACUGCGAGUCUGGCUCCACACUCGACGCCGCGAGGAGAACAUCCCCUACGCCAAAUCACUCCCUCUCCCCUCGAUGGAUCGCCAUUCUUUCAAAGUCCUCCAAACAGAGACCCCUCGUUCAGUGACCCUGAAUUCUCUAAUCAUGGAGGAGACGCAACUACGGAACCCUAUGCUAUCGUCUUUCCUGUACUGCGUGCUCUGGAUCAUGAAUCGGACCCUCUGAUUGAUACCGCUGGCAUCAAUAGAGUCCUAGAGAGGGGUAAGUUGGUGACAUUAACCAGGGAUUACUCGGUGUCGACACCAAACUCUAGGAAAAACUCUACAGACAAUAGCGAAGAGCACGGAAGCAGGACAGCCCCAUAUCCACCAUUCUCUUCUUCGGGAGAUUUCCAAAAGGCUAUUCUUCGCAGUAAACCUGGCCACGCGGACAACGGUGGAAACAAGCUACUACCACAGUAUGAAGAGUACGAGCAGUUCCCUAGCUCGCCAUGGGCACAAUCACCUGCCCCUUCACCCGCCAUCCAAACAGAUUCCUCGGACAACCCCUUCUUCGCAGCGGAAACUAAUGUUGAGGACGACACUUUUAAUCCCACUGAAAACCUGCAAGAUUAUUCUCGUUUUAGCCAAGUAGAAGCUAUUGGCGUUGACAAGGCCAGCACGGUGACGCACAUUCCGCUCAUACAUCCUAUACUUUCCCAGACAAUGCAACCGCUUGAUCCCAAUACGCCAUCGCAAACCCCUACCAUGUCCCGUAGGUCAACUGGCAACAUUUUGCAAGACCCACAGCCAGCUCGGAAAGCCCCCAUAGCGAUCCUUUCGAUACUCUCAUCCACCGUGCCAUAUCCUCAGAACCUCACCAAUUCACUCAAGCUUCUCGGUCCACAUUUAGCAACUUCUUUCUCAAACGCCUGGCAAUACACCACUGCACAUCAGCAAGCGACUGGGAUACGCCAUCGUCGGUAUGUGUCGGGACACCAGGUGGGGUUUGCACCUAUUCAUGGCCCAGAAAGUCUGGAUGAUCUCAUGCAUUUCGAUCUUGACGAUGUGGCCGGCUCACAGGCUGGAAGCGUUACAAGCCCGUCAGAUUAUUCUGGCCGAUCAAGACAAAGCCCCGGUGGAUCACUUGGGGGAACACCAGGCUGGGAUCCAUCUGCGGCGGGAUUUUCAAGCAAGCAUUCUGUCGGAGGUACACCUGGCCAUGUCACAGGAUCAGAGUUGAUCGACAGUUACUUUGACUCCAAGAAACAUGUUGGAGACGAUGACAUUCCUACACCUAGGAGCGACCCAAAGCCGAAGUCAAGGACCAGUUCAUCUGAUGUCCAGGACCAAAGCACAACCCAGUCGCAGCAGUCACCUCGCAGGCUUCGCACGCUGUCUUUUCAGCCUCCAAGCACCUCUUCUUUCCAGUCCCUUCCUUCUGCAGCAGUUCCUGGAAUUCCACAAACGCCUGGGCCGACUUACACACCGGGGCACGCAAGAGCUGGCUCCAUCACAGACACUGCUGAUCAACCGUCAAUGCCACCUCCGUCGGAACGCUUGCUGAGAACCAUUAUCGAUUCUUUGCCGGUACAAAUUUUUACAGCACAACCCAGUACUGGAGCAAUGACUUGGUUCAACUCGAAGUAUAUGGUAUAUCGAGGUGGAGACUCACAGCACGCUCUCAGCGAUCCUUAUGAGUCAAUACACCCCGAAGAACGAGAUGCCUAUAUUGACCAGUGGAACAAGUCUCUUCGGACCGGGCAGCAACUUCAACAGAAGGUUCGUUUGUUGAGGUUUGAUGGACAAUACCGGUGGUUCUACGUUCGCGUCGCUCCGCUCAAAGAUAAGAAGCAGCAAAUAGUCCACUGGAUCGGAACAAACAUGGACUUUCACGAACAGCAUCUUGCUGAGGCCAACUCCGCUCGCCAACAAGAGACCGCCGCAUCUGAAGCGAAAUAUCGAGCGCUGGCUAACUCCAGUCCCCAAAUUGUCUUUGUUGUAACAAACAAGCGAGGUAUUACCUUCUGCAACUCACAAUGGCUGUCUUACUCUGGCCAGGAAGAAGCACAGACAUUAGGAAUUGGUUUCUUGGAACACGUCCAUCCCCAUGACAUUGUUAAGUGUAGACUGCCAGUCAUGAAUGAAGACGGCUCUGCGCCUGCUAAUGUCCCAGUCUCGGUUCCCGUUGAACAUGCUCGUGGUUACUCGUCUUCAUCGGAAAAUUCGUCAGAGACAGACAACACAGUCACUAGCCCUGGUGGACACCCAGCAACUAUGGAAAUGCCGCAAGCAAAGCUGUCCAAGCUGGCCAGUGAAGGUAUCCUGAAGAUCACGAAAGACGCCGACGGGCGACCCUCUUACUCAACCGAGGUUCGCCUUCGUUCUAAGGACGGCAAUUACCGAUGGCAUCUUGUUCGAAUUUUAUUGGAAAACUCGGUCUCCUCAGAACCGCGGGAUGAGGAGACUUGGUACGGCACAUGCACGGACAUCAAUGAUCACAAAUUGCUCGAACAGACUUUGAAAGAGACCAUGGAUGCCAAGUCAAGAUUUCUGAGCAAUAUGUCCCAUGAGAUUCGAACCCCGUUGAACGGUAUCACCGGGAUGGUCAAUUUUCUUCUCGACAGCCCCUUAGGCUCUGAGCAAAUGGAGCACGUCAAUAUCAUCAGAAACAGCACCGAGGGACUUCGCGAUCUCAUCAACGACAUCCUGGAUCUAUCAAAGGUUGAAGCUGGCAUGAUCACCCUCAAUGUGGACUGGCUCCAUCUGCCGUCACUCAUUGAAGAAGUAAACGACCUCACAUCGGCGCUAGCUAUUGGUAAAGGCUUGGAACUCAAUUAUCUCGUCGAGGAAGAAGUACCGUCAAUGGUCAAGGGCGAUCGGUUCCGAAUACGUCAAGUACUACUGAACGUUAUCGGUAACGCCAUCAAGUUCACUCAGAAAGGCGAAGUGUUCGUGAGGUGCCAGCUUUCAGCCGACCAACCUAAGAAUGAUGAUGGCGAUGAAAUCGUGGUGCAAUUUGAGGUGAUCGAUACUGGCAGCGGCUUCACGAAGAAAGAGGCAGAAUUUUUGUUCAAGAGAUUUAGCCAGAUCGACGCCAGUAGCACUCGACAGCACGGUGGCACUGGACUUGGUCUGGCCAUCUCCAUGCAGUUGGUCGAACUGCAUGGUGGAAAGAUGAAGGCUACCAGUGUUCCGGGCGAAGGGUCGAACUUCACGUUCACCAUCAAUUUCGGAUUACCACAUGGAGAUGAUCAUCCGCCGCCACCGAUCGCAACGCCAGGCACGAGUCUGGUUGCAACACCUGCUCAAACACCGUUACCUCAUUCUUCAGCUCAUGCGGACACUGUCGCACGGAUGCAGCGCUUCGCUGCCGAGUCUCCUGGGCACAUCGGGUUUACCGAGUCUCCAUCCAUCAAGUCCCCUACUCCAAGUCUGCCUUCUUCAGAGCGAUCGCGUGACACGCCAUCUUUUUCGUCUGGUAGCUCUGACCCGUCGAUAUAUACUAGCAAAACCAGCGUUCGAUCAGAGAGAUCUUCAGCAUCGUCAUUCAUGCCCGAGUCGUCCAUGAAAAACACACCGAUUGAGCUUGCUCUACCAGACCGCAGGGGAAGUACAAGUGGACCUAGAGAAUCGGAUGAGUUUAUUGAGACCAACCUUUCCACCGAGACUGUGCGCGCCACACCAAUCAAUCGAAGUCUUUCUCCACUUGCGAGCACCUUGCAACCGCCAAUGUACUCCAUCUUGGUCAUAUGCCCCUUGAAAUAUAGCCGAGAAGCAACUGUCAAGCACGUCAAGCGAACGCUGCCGAAAGCUGUGCCGCACCAGGUCACCUCCAAGGCAAGCUUAGAAGAGGCGCGCGAACUCAUUGGUGGCGAGGACCCAGUCCUCUUUACUCACAUUGUCUUGGUGCUGGGGCUCUCGUCGGACGUCAUUGAUUUUAUGAAUCUGGUCUUCAAGUCGUCCGCCCGCGCAUCUACUUCGAUGAUCAUAAUCUCCGAUACCAUGCAGAAGCGUGAGAUUAUGAAAGAUGCGCCAAACUACGAUUAUGAGGAGCUCAUACGGGAUCGACGACUUCGAUUCAUCUAUAAGCCUCUGAAGCCGUCGAAGUUCGCUGUCAUCUUUGAUCCUCAGAAAGAGCGCGAUUUGAGUACAGAUCGAAACCAGGACAGUGCACAGCAAGUAGCGGUUACCCAGAAGCUGGUAUUUGAGGACCUGAAAAACAGAUUGGGCAACAAGGGAUUUAGAGUUCUUCUUGUGGAAGACAACUUCAUCAACCAAACUGUAAUAUUGAAGUUCUUGUCCAAGGUCUCCGUGACAAGCGAAACAGUCGUCGAUGGCGUCCAAUGUACAGAAAGCGUUUUCUCCAAGCCCCACGGGUACUAUUCAAUCAUUCUUUGCGAUCUCCAUAUGCCCAACAAAGACGGCUAUCAAGCUUGCAAGGAAAUCCGACGCUGGGAGCACAAGAUGAACUAUUCGCAUCUCCCGAUCAUCGCUCUAUCGGCAAACGUCCUCGGUGACGUCUACUCCAAGUGCGUCGAGGCUGGCUUCAACUCGUACGUCACUAAACCGGUUGAGUUCAAAGAACUCUCACUUGUCUUGACCAAAUUUUUGGAUCCGGAGGAGAAGGGGAAGCCGCAUGAAUUUAUGGUGCCCAAAUUGCAUAAAUAG